AUGGCAGUCGACUCUGAGGGGUCCACACCCCUGGCAGCAGCAGCAACUGCUGGGCAGCCUCAGCCGCAGCAGCAGCAGCAGCAGCAGCAGCAGCAACAGCAGCAGCAGCGACGGCAACAGCAGCAGCAGCAACGAAGCUCGCCGCAACGCCCGCAGCGGCAGCAGGAUCUGGGGCAGCAAAGACAGUAUCAGCAGCAGCCACGGCAGCAGCAGCAGCAAUCGCCGCAGGAGCGAGCACAGCAACAGCAGCAACGAUACCAGCGGCAGCCACAGCAGCAGCAGCACCAGCAGCAGGCACAGCUGCAGCAGCAGCAGAGGCGGCAGCAGCGACAGAUGCAGCAGAAGCCCGAGCAGCAGCAGCGCGGGCAGCAACUGCAUCGGCCGCCGCAAGAGCAACAGCAAGAGCAGCAACAGCGGCAGCAGCAGCAGCAGCAACGGCAGGCCCAGCAGCAGCAGCAGCAGCAGCAAGUUAUCCCAGAGGCCCUGAUUGGCCAAGUCGAAAGAUUCAGCCGGCCGGGCUGCUUAUGGGGCCGCCUGAAUGUAAACCACAAAUAUCCCGAAGACGCGUUUGUUGAUGUCAAGGAUGGACUACCAGAUGUGCUUAUCAAGGAUGUGGAGAUGAGGCGCACUGCGAAAGUUGUGUUUGUUGCUGCUGAAUUCUUGACGGACAAGAAAAAGGCCGAGCUGCUGCUGGCGCUGCGGCAGGGAGCCGAAGCUGCUGCUCCGCCAGAGCAGCAGCAACAGCAGCAGCAGCAGCAGCAGCAGCAGGAGACGGUGCAGCAGCUGCAGCAGGAGAUGGUGCAGCAGCAAGAAGAACGAGCUGCUCAGAGAUUAAAUACGUUCAGGGCCAAUCGGCAGUUCAUCUGCAAACUGCGGAGGAAUACAGGGGGGGCGGAUGACUACGUGCGGGCGGAGCCAAUAGACCGGCGGAAGCCGUGGGUGCUGCUGCCUGCUGCAGAAGCCAGCAGCUGGAUAGACACCUCAGAGUUGGAAAACUGCUCUUCUCUCUUUUUCGUAAAUGUCAUUUCUUGGAACCCCAGACACUCCCUCCCCAGAGGGGAGAUUUUGGGGCUGAUUGGAAACAGCGGAGAACUGGGGACAGAGCUAAUGUGCGUACUGAUAGCUGGGGACUUGAUCAGCCACGCCCAACCGCAGACCAAAGAGUCCGAGGAGGAAGCUGCUGCUGUUGUUGCUGCAACCAAAGAGGCAUUAAACGAAGAAAUUCGCCGGCGGGUGGACCUAAGAGGAGUACGUCGCAUUUUUACAAUAGAUCCUCCGUCGGCGCGGGACCUGGACGACGCAGUGCACAUACACCCCGUGCAGCAUGCAGCCAACUGCAGCAGCAGCAGCAGCAGCAGCAGCAGCAGAAUGCAGGAAUAUGAAGUAGGAAUUCAUAUUGCUGAUGUGGCCCACUUCAUAGCUCAGGGGAAGGCCAUGGACGCGGAGGCGAAACAAAGAUGCGCCACGCUCUACCUCCCCCACAUGUGCUUUCCUAUGCUGCCGCGCGCCCUCGCCGACAACGUCUGCAGUUUGCAUCCUGGGGGCCCCAAGUUGACAUUUUCUGUCAUUGCGCGUUUCUUCGAGGAUGGGACUCCCAAUAAAAAGUUCAAACCCUUAUUUUUCAAAUCCGUGCAAGAGAUAAUAGACGACAGGGAGAUUCCUGAAGAGCAGCGGCCAAACUUAGCAGCAGAAGUGAAGGGCUCAGCAACAUAUGGAAAUGGUUUGCUGCGCUGCAGCUGCUGCACUGGGAAGAGCAACCGCAGCAGGCAGCAGCAGCAGCAGCAGCAGCAAAUGGAAGGGGACUGGAGAGAACACGAAGCAGCAGACCCGUGGGGAGACAAAGUAGAAGACGCAGCAGCAGCAGCAGCAGCAGCAGACGCACCGGCAGCGACGGAGAGCAGCUCGAACCCGCAGGAGCAGCAGCAGCAGCAGCAGCAGCAGCAGGACAUGCCUCCCUUCACAGUUCACAGCGCUUCUCUUCGCUUUUGCUUCGAUGAAUUGCAAAGACCCACAGGCUGGCAAAUAGAGGAGCACAGUCGCUCUCACGAAAUGAUUGAAGAGAUGAUGCUGCUGGCGAACAGACUUGUUGCCACUUACCUCCGCAGCAGCAGAUUUCAAGAUUCGGCGGUGAUGCGUUACCACGCUCCUUUCAAGCAGGAGCCUCGCUUCAACGUGUUUCUGAGCAGUUUGAAAAGUUUGGUGAAAGUGCCUCUGAGGUUUUCCUCUGCUGCUGCUGCUGCAGAGACACUGCAGCAAAUUCGGGGAGAGUGUGGGGCAGCAGCUGGGGUGUCUGUGGAGGUGCAGCUGCGGACUUUUCUGUCUUUGGCGAAGUACAAAACUGCAAAAAGUUUAAAAGAAUUAAAUGUUUUGAAGUGCCACUUCGCCCUCAACUUCGACAACUACACCCACUUCACUUCGCCCAUCAGGCGGUAUCCGGACUUGCUGGUCCACAGGAGCCUCGCGGCGUUAAUUGAGGGAAAGCAAAAGCCCCCUUUGGAUGUU